AUGCCGAACCUUCAAUUUGGCACGCCGCGGCCCCACACAACAUCGUGUGAAAUCAGUGUCUCGUUGAACCCACACAUCGUUGUUCACAACGUUCACAGGUCUUCCCUCGAGAAAAGCAAUAUGUUCCCUCCUGAGACACGGGUUGCUCUACGAUCAGAGCUCACUCUCACAAACCCUCAAAAUUUCGACGAAACAAUUACCUUGUUGCAAGGGACCAAAGGUUCCAUCGUCACGGUCCAUGGUCAAAGUGGGGGUCGACCAAGCAAAGAUCGUCAGGACGGAGCAGUCCAGUACUCUGUUAAGUUUGACGACUACCCAGUCAAGUUCACGAUCCAUCAUGCUGAGCUCAUUGCAUUGUGA